AUGCAGCAACAGCAACAACAGCAACAGCAUCAGCAGCACCAACCUCAACAUCCUCAAAACCCUCAGCAGCAGCAGCAGCAGCAGCAGCAGCAACACCAGCAAAACCAGCAACAUCACCAACAACAGCAGGGUCAGCAACAGCAGCCGCCGCAACCGCAGAACCAGCAACAACAACAGCAUCAGCAACAUCAGCAACAUCAACAACAGCAACAAGCUCAACAUCAACAGCAGCAACAGCAACAGCAACAGCAACACGCCCAGCAGCAGCAGCAGCAGCACCAACAGCAGCAAGCUCAACAGCAGGCCCAGCAGCAAGCCCAGCAACAACAACAUCAACAAACCAAGCCUCAACAACAGCAACAACAGCAGCACUAUCCGACAUCGCAACCUCAGUCACAUGGUCAGACUCCUGCGGCUUCAGCGCACCAGCAUUCGGCUUCCAUCGCGUCCGUAACGACCCCGCAGACCCCGACAUUUCCUCAACACAACCAAAACGCGACUGCCAAUGGCACAUCGUCGGUAUCGACGCCCCUGAGUCCCGGCAGCGAGUCCCGCGAACAGGAGAGAUUCUCAUUGUUGUUGGAGAUCAACCAAGAGCUGUUGUUCGAGUCGAUGCAGCUGCAACAUACGCUGAGCGAGUUGAAGAAAGAGACACCGGGGGAAGGAGAUCAGGCGAGGAAACCGACCCAAGAAGAGGGGUCGGUUCAGCAGGACUACAGCCAUUGUAUGCGACGACUUCAAGCGAAUCUUGCAUACCUUGCCGCGUUGGCCGACCGCAAAGGAAACGUGCAGGUUCCUCCAUCGCCCGCCUACCUGUCUUCCCCGCCGCUAAACAUGGCGCUCAAAAUCCGGAAUUCAACGCCGCCGGGCGACAUUCCCGAAAACAACCCCGACCCGAUGACAGACCGCGAGGAACGAUCCAAAUACCUGACUGAGCUGUACAGAAAGCUGCAGGCGCUGUUUCCUCAUGCGGACCCUAAGAAGGAGCCACCGUUCCAGGCCGCGGGCCGUCCUCAGGGUCAACCGGGGCAGCAGGGACAAGGUCAACGGCCGCCGAGCCACCACGCGAGCCCCGCCAUGGCUCAAGCUCAACGGCCCAUGCAAAUGCAGAACAUGCCCGGGGCACAUCAGCAGCAGGGCAUGUCUCUAUCAUGA